AUGCUCUAUAUAAAGGCUCCGUCACACCUGUUUACAUCUCAUCCGUGAAAUAAGUCAUCAGUCCUUUUCAUCUAGAUACAGCCCCUUCAGAAAUUUAGGGUUUUUCGAUCGCCGGAAUAACAUUUCAGAAUGAGUUCCACCGCCGCAGCCACCAAAAAAGGCGGUAGAGGCAAGCCUAAAUCCUCCAAAUCCGUUUCCCGUUCCUCCAAGGCCGGCCUCCAAUUUCCCGUCGGCAGAAUCGCUCGUUUUCUGAAAGCCGGUAAAUAUGCCGAGCGUGUCGGUGCCGGCGCCCCUGUUUACCUCGCCGCCGUUCUCGAGUAUCUCGCCGCUGAAGUUUUGGAGCUUGCUGGGAAUGCGGCGAGGGACAACAAGAAGAACAGGAUUGUGCCACGUCACAUUCAGUUGGCUGUGAGGAACGAUGAGGAAUUAAGCAAGCUGCUGGGUGCUGUGACUAUUGCAAACGGCGGCGUUUUACCAAACAUUCACCAAACUUUGCUGCCCAAGAAAACCGGGGGAAGAGAUAAAGAAAUUGGCUCGGCUUCACAAGAAUUUUAGUAAUUUUCUCAUUAUUUAGGUUGUUUGGUUAAUUGAUGGUAUACUUGAUCAAGUGUUGAUCAGCGGUUUCACCCCCAUGAUUUUUGAAUUCCUUUCGUAUUCAGAUAAUAGUUUUGAUGAAUCAGAAUUUAUUCUGUUCUAUCUGUAUGGUGAAAUUUCGUUUUUAUAAUAGUCUUUGAUUUUUUGGGUGCUUGCAUUACUGGAAUUUUUCGGCGAUUGUAUGAAUCAACUCGUUGUCUUUGCGAUUCUGUUUGAAGAUGAUGGAAACUUAAACAC